AACCUGUGUAAAUGAAUGUUUUAUACCAAUUUAAUAUUUAUAUUUACUUUGAGUCAAGUAUUACUUUUCUUUCCUUUUUAUUGUUUGUUAACAGUCAGCUUGGUAGGUUAGAACUGAAACCUGUAGAGUUAUAAAAAUCAGAAUUUUAAUCCUGGCUUGAACAUUUAGUAACUCUGUAACUAAAAGUAACAAGAAUUUUAGACUCUGUUUUCUUGUCCACACAAUGGCAGUACAGUGAAACCUGUGAGAGCUGGAACUGGAUGGGACUGCCUUGUUUUUCUGGGUGUUGCAAGUUUUCCGCCUUUUGCAAGGUGCAGUCUUACUACUUUUCUUUCACUUGUUUUAGUGGAAAAUAUUUGAGUUUAAGUUUUCUGACCAGUUUCCGCCUUACACGGGUUCUGGCUUUGCAGAUUUUUCUGUAAUAAUCUUUAUCAUUGAUAACGGCUAACCAAAAGGUCAGAAGUUCUAAUCCACCAGCUGCUCCUCAGAAACCCUAGGGAGCAGUUCUACUCUGUCCUAUAGGGUCGCUGAGUCAGAAUUGAGUCGAUGGCAAGGGGUUGGGUUGAUUAGUGACAACCAUGGUAGCUGAUGUUAAAGCUUCCAUUUCAAUCCUGAUCAGAGUAGGUACUCAAUAAAUAGCAGCAUGGCAAGGGGUUUGGUUUUGGAUUUAUUGUUGUAGCUGUAAUGCCACCACGAUGUCUGUAGGUGGCACGAGCGGUUUGCACUUGAUUGCUAAACCUAAAUGUUGGCGGUUAAAACCCACCCAGUGGCACCCCUGAAGAAAGGUUUGCUCGCAUAAAGAUUACAGCCAAGAAAACUCCAUGGAGCAGUUCUGCUCGGUAACACACAGGGUCGCCAUGAGUUGGAAUUGACUUGAAGGCAACAGAUUUGAUUUUUUUAUUGCUGUCCAUGGAGCCCCUGAGUAAUGCAAAUGGUUAAUUUGCUUAGGCGCUAACUGAAGGAUUGGCAGUUCAAGUCUACCCAGAAGUGUUUUGGAAGAAAGGCCUGGUGAUCUGGUCAUUGAAAACCCAGUGGAGCACAGUUCUACCCUGAGUUAGCAUCCACUUGAUGGUAACUGGUUUAUUUAUAUAUAUAUAUUUUUUAAUGUGUGAAUAGUGUAAAUAAAUUAGGCUGAUUUGGAAGUUCAUAGUAGGCAGUUGAUAAGGACUCUUUUUCUGUGUUAGAAACUAAAGUACGUACGAUAAGGUCAACUAAGUAUGGAUGGUUGAUUAUGAUGAUACUGAUGGUGGCUUCCCUCUUUCUGAACAGAAUGUCCCACCAGACCUCUCCAUCUGCACCUUCGUGUUGGAACAGUCCCUGUCUGUCCGGGCCCUGCAGGAGAUGCUGGCCAACACGGUGGAGAAAUCCGAAGGGCAAGUUGAUGUGGAAAAAUGGAAAUUCAUGAUGAAGACGGCUCAAGGAGGUGGUCAUCGAACCCUCCUCUAUGGACAUGCCAUAUUGCUACGCCAUUCCUAUAGCGGCAUGGUGAGUAGACCUGCUGAUCCAUUGGAGAUGCACAUUCAGGAAGUGUUGGCAAUAGCAUUUCAGUGAUGGCACUCAUAAGCUUGGAUGUAUGUAUUUAGUCUCUUUGUACCCUGUUUCAUUUUCUCUAUGAGUGUGAACUUAGAAGACUUUUUAAGGCCUUUCUGUUCUAUUGUUCCUAAGUGUAAUAUCUGGAUGGACUAAUUUUAGAGGAGAGAGG